CAACCGUUUAAACGAAUACAUAUCCCAUUAUGAAACAUUAGAUUAUGAUCAUCAACAUAUACGCGCUAGUCACCAUAGAGCCCGACGAUCAGUGACCAAAGAUCAUUAUGUACAUUUAAAAUUUCAAGCACAUGGAAGAGACUUCCAUAUUAGAUUAAAACGUGAUUUAUAUACAUUUAGUAAUAAGUUAGAGAUAAUUGAUAGCAAUGGCCCUCUCGAUGUAUCAACCGAUCAUAUAUAUGAGGGCGAUGUGAUAGGGGAUCGUAAUAGUUAUGUAUUCGGUUCCAUAUUGGAUGGAGUAUUUGAGGGUAAAAUAAUAACCGAACGUGAUGCCUAUUAUGUUGAACAUGCCAAACGUUAUUUUCCAACAAAUUUUACACAAAUGCAAUCAUUGGAAUUGCACAGUACUGAUAAUAAAAAUUUUAAUACAUCUUUAACCACAACAACAACAACAACAUCGUCUACAACAACGACGACGACAUCAACAACCACAACAACAAAAUCACCUUUAGCUAAAAGUAAAAGUAUAGAAGAUCAUCAUGAUGAAAUAGUUAAAAAUGUUGGUUUUCAUUCGGUGAUCUAUAAAGAAUCUCAUGUGGAUGAUGUCUAUAAGGAUGUGAGAGAAGGCCAUGUUGGUGGUUGUGGCAUAACAGAUGAAGUUUCCCAAUGGAUGGAAAAUAUACAAAAUUCAGCCGUUGAAGAAUUGCCUACACCAAUGUCAAAGGACGAAAGAAUCCCCAAGAAACGUGCACCAGCGGAAGAUAAAAUUAUAUUGGAUGUCGAUGAUGAUGAAAAGGAUGCGCAAGUUGAAGAGGAGCAAAAGGAGACUAGUAAUAAUAACACAAGUAGUAAAAGUAAACAACAAAAAACCACAUCCUCAACAACAACAGCCACCAUCGCCUCAUCUACUUCCACACAACCACCGAAAAAAUAUGCCAACAACAACAACAACAAUAAUAAUAACCAAAACAAUGGUGCCAUGGAUGAUUUUAAAUAUCCUUAUGAAAAGUAUACAAAAGAAGCAAAUUUUCGUUUCGCUGCCAGUGAUGGAGGUGAAAGCGAUGCUGAUGAUGAUGAUGACGAUGAGGUGGCUGCUGCCACAGCUGGUGCUGGUUAUUUUUAUGAUCCUGAAACAGGGCGUCGUUUACAACCCACCGAUACAGACUGGCAUGAACGUGUUCAUGAGCGCGUAAGACGUGCAUCCGGUUCGUCGGGCUCUUCCGCCCGUCGUGAGGAUAAUAAGAAUACCUGCUCGUUAUAUAUACAAACAGAUCCAUUGAUUUGGCGUCAUAUACGUGAAGGAAUCGCUGAUCAUGAUCGUAGUCAUAAAUAUGAAAGGGACAUUAAGACGCGCGAGGAAAUCACAUCGCUAAUAGCACAUCACGUUACGGCUGUUAAUUACAUUUACCGCAAUACGAAAUUCGAUGGACGUACCGAACAUCGAAAUAUACGUUUUGAGGUGCAACGUAUUAAAAUUGAUGAUGAUUCCGCUUGCCGCACUUCCUAUAAUGGCCCACACAAUGCAUUCUGUAACGAACAUAUGGAUGUUUCGAAUUUUCUUAAUUUACAUUCCCUGGAGGAUCAUUCGGACUUUUGUUUGGCUUAUGUUUUCACCUACAGAGAUUUUACCGGCGGCACUUUGGGUUUAGCCUGGGUGGCUAGUGCCUCGGGAGCUUCUGGUGGCAUUUGUGAGAAAUAUAAAACGUAUACCGAGACCGUGGGAGGUCAAUAUCAAAGCACAAAACGUUCUCUGAAUACGGGAAUCAUAACGUUUGUUAACUACAAUAGCCGGGUUCCGCCCAAAGUAUCACAAUUGACUUUGGCACAUGAAAUCGGGCAUAAUUUUGGUUCACCGCACGACUAUCCCCAAGAAUGUCGUCCCGGUGGGCUGAGUGGUAAUUUCAUUAUGUUUGCCAGUGCCACUUCUGGUGAUCGGCCAAACAACUCAAAAUUCUCUUCAUGUUCCAUACGUAAUAUAUCCAAUGUCUUAGAUGUUUUAGUGGGCAAUAUGAAACGUGAUUGUUUCAAGGUCUCAGAAGGAGCCUUCUGUGGCAAUAAGAUUGUGGAGCAAGGCGAAGAAUGUGAUUGUGGCUUCAAUGAAGAAGAAUGCAAAGACAAGUGUUGUUAUCCUAGAUUAAUUAGUGAAUACGAUCUCUCCCUUAAUAGUUCCGCUAGAGGCUGUACACGUCGUGCUAAGACACAGUGUUCACCCUCGCAGGGUCCCUGCUGUUUGUCCAACUCCUGUACGUUUGUACCCAGCAACUAUCAUCAAAAAUGUAAAGAGGAAACAGAAUGUUCCUGGUCGAGUACUUGCAACGGCACUACAGCCGAAUGUCCCGAACCCAAACCGCGAGAUGAUAAGACAAAGUGCAAUAAUGGUACAGCUUUGUGUAUACGCGGCGAAUGUUCGGGUUCGAUUUGUUUGCUGUGGAAUAUGUCGGAAUGCUUCUUGACCUCUCAGCAGCAGCCGCAUGUAGAUAAAAGGAAAUUGUGUGAAUUAGCUUGCCAGAAUGGCAAUGAUACCGGUACUUGUAGAAGUACGUCAGAAUUUGCUCAUUUAUUUGGUUUGCCAGUGGGCGGUAUAAGUUUACGUCCCGGUUCUCCUUGUGAUAAUUUCCAAGGUUAUUGUGAUGUGUUCCUUAAAUGUCGAGCCGUCGAUGCUGAUGGUCCUUUGGUGCGCUUGAAGAAUUUACUGUUGAAUCGUGAGACACUAUUAACGGUGGCUCAAUGGAUUACGGAAAAUUGGUAUAUAGUGGUAUUGAUGAGUAUUGGUUUCAUAAUUGUCAUGGGCAUAUUCAUCAAGUGUUGUGCCGUGCACACGCCCAGUUCAAAUCCUAAAAAGCGUAGAGCUAGAAGAAUAUCAGAAACACUACGUGCUCCUAUGAAUACCUUAAGACGAAUGCGUCAUCCACAUGGUCGUGCUGCCGGACCACGCAGUAUACCACCGCCAGUACAUGACUCACGUUCCCAUCAACGCAACUAUCCUCCCGAAUGGGAUCGCCAUCAUCGUUCUGGCGGUGCUGGUGUAGUUGCUGCUCAAGGUGUUGUGCCAUUACCGGGCGCCAGUAGUCAUGCGAGUCGUUCCGCAGCUGGUGGUAGACCACCUGGAGGUGGUGGCGGAGGACGUAGUUCACGUUCAAAUGGAUCUAGACAACCUAGCAGUUCUAGAUCGGGUGCACAACAUGGGUAUGCUGAUGCUCCACCCAGUCUGGGUGGUCCAUCGUCUAAUAGUGCGGGUGGUGUUGGUAGUGGUUUACAUAUGGGUGCACCGAUUGUUGGGCCGGGUUCAUCUACUAGUGGUGCAGGUGUUUUAUCACGUGCCCAAAUGCCUUUACCCGCCCUGCCGUCCAAUGCACAAACGCAACAACAACAAUCACAACAACUGCCACAACAAGCAUACUAUGCGCCGAAAGUUGAAGUCCGCAAUAAAUCCCGUCAUCACGUACAAACACAUCCUCCUCAUCCUCUACAGCGGCUAAACAAAGCCAACAUAAAGCUAAAGACCAAACACACAAUCAAAAGUCUGGCAAAACUCGACGUAAUAUUGUUUAUUGAUUCCUAGGACACGAUAUAUAAAUAACAUAAAAAAACUGUUAAAAAGACACUUUAAUUACUAUAUUUUUAUAUGAAAAAACCCUAAUAUCCAAACAAAACUUCAUAAUUUCUAAUAUAAAAGUUUAGAAAGAAAACGUGAUCAUAAAGAUCUCAUAAUUGUCGUCGUUCCGCAACCAGUAAAUUAUAAUCGACCGCCAUCUUUGCAUAAUCCUGAUUUAUAUGCUGAUGCUUAUGCUGCUUUAGGACGUGGUGCAUAUGAGGCAACUGCCCGAGCACCCAAUAACAAUAAAGUUUGACAGACACAUGCAACACAAACAACAAUACAACAAAUUAAUAAGGUACGUUUAAAACAAACGGAAAAAUAUAAACAACAGCAGCAGCUGCAGGAGCAGCAACAACAUUCAAUACAACAGCAGCAGCAACAGCAUUUUAGUUUAAUUAACAAUAUUGAUAAUGAAAACAACAAUAAUAAUAAUAAUAAUAACAACAA